AUGGCUCUAAAGGUCGGCGACGUCUACGUCAAGCCCGGCCAGGAGAUGGAGCUCGAGCCCAACGAAGAGGGCUGCUUGGUAGUCGAGACAACACGGGCGCUCAAGGUGAGGACCGAGGAGAAGGUCCUGCAGGCCCAGGCGGCCAAGGAGGCGGCCAAGGACCUGCCGCCGCAGUACACGUUUGACGCUUGGCAGACGCCCCUGCUCUGCGCAUGCCCACCCCAGUGCGCCUUUGGGCCCGACCCAUGCUGCCUUCUCCACGUCAAGGGCCUGGCCUGCUCGUGCUGCCCGCCCAGCUGCAAGUGCUGCUGCAUUCAGUGCCCGCCCGAGUGCUGCUCCAACAUCGGCUCCGGCUGCCCGACCUGCUCCUGCCCAACGUGCACCUGCUGCCCUCCGUCGUGCACUUGGUGCGACAUCACGUGCCCGCCAAAGUGCGACUGCCUCCCGUGCCCGUGCCCGACGUGCACGUGCUGGCCCUGCCCUCCGUCGUGCACGUGCUGCGACAUCACCUGCCCGCCCAAGUGUUGCACCACCUGCGAGUGCUGCCCCUCUUGCUGCGGCGUCAAGACGGUCGGCAUCGCGUGCAUCCUUUGCCACUGCACCACCACAAUGUACCCCAAGUGCUGCCCGGCAUGCCUCUGCUGCACCGUUGAGGUGAUCGACGCCGCUCGCAACAAGAACAUCUAUCGCGGGAAGGCGGCCGAGUGCGUUUCGUCUGUGGACGUUAAGAUGGACCUGAACGGCCAGGCCGGCGGACCGGAGGGCGAAGAGAUGCAGCGCUAA